AUUUUCUUUUUCUAACUUCGCUGCAAGAAAGCAGCUAGCUAGCUGGCAAACAAGCCGCGUUAUUUUCGAGAAUGGCCUCCAAGAAGGGGAAGAAGGUUGUUAAUCAAGAGGAACUCCGGCGUUUGAUGAGGGAAAAACAGCGGAAAACAACCGACAAGAAGCGCGUCGAGUCUCCUUUCGCUAAGUACAACGGUCUCGGGCACCUCAGUUGUAUCCUGUGUAAUGUGCAGGUGAAGUCCGAGCUACUGUGGCCAACACAUGUUCUCGGAAAACCGCACAAAGAGAAAGUUGCUGAGUUGAAGGGUGGAAAGACUCAAUCGGUAACACAACAGAGUCAGCCGGUGAAGCGCAAAGCGCCGGACAACGAGGACCUUAACGGGAAAAAGGCAAAACCCUCGUCAGGUGCAGGACAGUCUGCGUCAGAGCUACCGGGAGAUUUCUUUGCGAAACCCAGCGAAAAGGAAGCUGUGCCUACUCAAAAGUCUGCAGGCUUGAGUCUGUUGGCUGGUGUUUAUGAUGAGGACGACGAUGAUGAAGAAAAUGCCGCAGAGGAAUGCCAGGCGGGAACCUCAGGUCCCGCUCCCGAGAAGGCUGAAGUCGCAGGACUACUACCAUCUGAUUUCUUUGACAGCUCCAUCCCGUCCACACCCGCCAUCUCCCAUUCGGGCUCCAUCCUCAAAGCAGACAUCCAGGAGAAAAGCGCCGAAAAGAAAGACAACACAGCCGAAGCCCUGCCGGAGGGUUUCUUCGACGAUCCCGUGAGAGACGCCAAAGUGCGCAACGUCGACGCACCCAAAGAUCAGAUGGACAAGGAGUGGGAAGAGUUUCAGAAGGAGAUCCGACAGGUGAACACAAAGUCAGAGGCCAUCGUGGCGGAGGACGAUGAAGAGGGCCGCCUUGAACGUCAGAUUGAUGAAAUUGAUGAACAAAUUGAGUGCUAUAGGAGGGUUGAGGUGCUGAGAGACAAACGGGAUGUGGUGAAGAGCAAGCCUCUGGCCAGGAAAGAUCAGCACAUGGAGACAGAUGCCAGCAAUGACGAGGAAGAGGAGGAUGAAGAGGAGUUGCUGGGGCUCUUGUCCCGGGACUGGAGGGCUAAAGAUGCACUGUCCUAAGUUUCCCCAAGAGCUUAUAAGACCCUGGAAAAGACUGCAUAUAAAUCAGGGCUGAGAGAGGUAUUCCAAAAACUGUAAAUAUCUUUGUGAAAAGAUCUUUACAUCAUCUUUUUGUAUGUAUCACACUGAUUUAAAUAUGAUUCAGUGAUGUACAAUAUUCUUGUAAAACACUGUUUGGUGCAACUGGAAAAUACGGUUUCUCAGUUCAUGACUUAAAAAAACAACAGAUUGACCACAAAUCAAACCUUUAA